AUGAUUGGAUCAAAUCUGUUGGCCCUAAUUUUUCUUGCAGUGCUGGUAUUGACAUUUGCGGCAAAAUGCCCAACCGGAUCCGUGGCUUUACCUGGACAAAACUAUUGUGUUCAACUAGUGGCAUCAAAUCUGACCUGGAGUGCCGCUAAAACGAAAUGUGCCUCUUUCAAAAACGGAAAAAUGCUAUUCUUGGCAAGUCCACAAGAUGCGAUUGCUCUUCGAUCGAUUUUCAACUACACAAAAAAAAAAGUCCCUCUGGCUUGGGUGGGAAUUGUAGGAAAACCCAAUGCCAAUCAAGUCUGGUUAAAUGGAACCGAUUGCACGGCAAAACACUACGCUCCUGAUUUCAUGGUUGGAACGGGCAUCGUUCCCGAAAGCUACACUCAAGCUGUGGCUAAUUGUGUCCAGAAGUAUACGAUCACGAAUUGCUCAAUGUGGAUCGCUGUCGCGAAAUGUUUUGUCGCUCCAAUCAAAGCUCUUCCCAGUGGUACCGCUGAUUUCAAAGCUUUCCAGCAAUAUAUCCGUUACUAUGCUUAUUUCUACUCUGCAAUCGCCAACGAUGCUGCUUGUUUCAAAAGUGUCAAAGCCGCCUUCUUUCCAGAUCCCCAGCCAACAUUCUCACUCACUAAACCCUACGUUGGCAAUGUGGUGAAUUUGGUGUACGGCUCGGAAUCGAAUGCACCCGAUCUAUGGUUUGCCUCGCCGACCAAACAAGUUUCUGUGAUUUGUCAAAGACCAAAAGUU